GACCUAAGUAACUUUGUACCAAGGUUCUUGAGAAGCAUCUCUUUGAAAACUGCGUUUUUGAAGUUGCAAUGGCCUCUCAAAUAGCAAAGGUGUUGUUGUCAUUGGAUGCUGAAGCAGUCGGCUCGCUCAAAGAAGGAGUCAAUUUCAAGAAAAGCCCAGAGGACGGCAAGUGUUACAUCAUUUUUAAGAGCAACAAUUACUUUAAAGCAUGCAAAAACCAGUGCAAGCAUCAAGGGGGGCUGUUCGUCAAAGACGUCGAAGACCUGGAUGCAAUGACUGUAAAAUGCACCAAACACAACUGGAAAUUAAAUGUGUCAACAAUGAAAUAUGUGAACCCGCCCGACAGCUUCUUGCAGGAUGAGCUCGAGGUGGAGGUGUUGGAUGAUGGGGGGCUGCAGUUGGUGGAGCUGAGCCCUGUUGACCCCUGGAUGGCUGAUCCUCGAGAGCCUCUGGAGCUCCAGGAAGGAGAAGUCAAAGUUACAUACUUCACCCACGCCUGCAUGGAGCUACAGUUUGGUGAGAGAAGGUUCAUGUUCGAUCCCUGGUUGAAGGGUCCUGCGUUUGCCAGAGGCUGGUGGCUUCUCCAUGAGCCUCCAGCAGACGCCCUGGACAGACUUUGUGCUGCAGAUCUCAUCUACAUCAGCCAUAUGCACUCAGACCACCUCAGUUAUCCCACACUGAAGGUCUUGGCAGAAAGGAGGCCCGAUGUCCCCAUAUAUGUUGGUGACACAUCCAGACCUGUGUUUUGGUAUUUGGAGCAAAGCCAAGUGAAGCUGACCAACAUUAAAGUCACUCCCUUUGGUGUUUGGCAACAUAUUGAUGAUCACCUGAGAUUCAUGAUCCUGAUGGAUGGUGUACAUCCUGAAAUGGACACCUGCAUCAUUGUUGACUACAAAGGUCACUUGAUCCUCAACACUGUGGACUGCACCAGACCAAACGGAGGCAGGCUACCACAAAAUGUGGACGUGUUGAUGACUGACUUUGCAGGAGGAGCUUCUGGAUUCCCGAUGACCUUCUAUGGAGGGAAAUACAGCGAUUCCUGGAAGGCAGAGUUUAUCAAGAAUGAGAGGAAGAAGCUGCUGAAUUACAAAGCUACACUGGUGAAAUCCCUGCAGCCCAGGAUCUACUGCCCAUUCGCUGGAUACUUUGUGGAGGCUCAUCCAUCAGACAGAUACAUAAAGGACACUAAUAUCAAAAACAGUGCAGAGCACCUCAAUGCACUCAUUAAUAAGCUGGCACCAGCAAUCAAGACUUGGACACCGCAGCCAGGUGCUGUGCUGGACCUCGGCCUUGCUCUGAGAGACCCCACCAGCAGUGAGGCCAUCACCAAUCCACCAGCCGGUGCAAAACUCUACAAGGACAGCUGGGAGUUCUACUUGUAUGUGAACGAGCUGAACAGUGCCAUCAAGUCGGACAUAUUUAAACAUCAAAGCUGGAUCCAGUUUUAUUACACGUGGGCUGGCUUUCAAAACUACAACCUUGUUGUGCGGGUCAUUGAAACAGAUGACAAGUUUGAAUGCAUCACUGACGGUUAUGACUAUCUGGUGGACUUUCUGGAUCUAUCGUUCCCCACAAAGAGACCUGACAGAGAGCACGCCUACUUGGAGAUUAAAAACAGGAUUGGAGUGAUGAGGUACGUGGUGCUGCAUGGCUGUCUGUGGGAUGACCUGUACAUCGGCUUUCAGAACCGCAUCAGCCGGGACCCAGACAUCUACCACCACAAGUUCUGGAAACACUUCCAAGCAGAGCUGCCACUUUGCAGGCCAGACUGGGAACAGUUCCAAAAACAGGUCUUCUACAUCGAUGAGUCGACCAUACCUCUCAGUGAUACAGGGAUGGGAAAUGACUGUGCCCUGUCAGGAAUUGAUUCUGGUUUGAUUCUGGAUUUGUGAAGGUCCAGUUACUGAUUUCCUGAUUUGAUGUAAUGCAUAUUAACUAUGCAGUUCCAAUUGGGCUUAGGUCACCGCUUUAUAUUAAUGAGAUAGCAAAGUAAUCAAUCAGACGGCUGUUAGGUAAGGAACUCAGCUCUGGGUGAUCAGUCUUUAAUAAACAAAAGACUGAUUUUGCACAUUUAAUCAUCUUUCAGAUCAGGAAACCUGUUUACAAUCAAUUUCUAUGAAGUAUAAAAUCUAUUUUUUUACCUUAACAAUGUUAUGUAAUUGACGGUAAUAGAAAUUUAAUCUAUUUUGUUAUUAAUCUGCAUUCUCACCUGAAUAACAAAACAUGCUGAUUCAAUAACUUCUGAAAAAUAGGAAACACAUGAGUUGAGUUGCAUGAAUACAAGACACAAGGAUGGCUAUCAAUCAAAUAUUUUGUUUUAAUCUGCAUAAAAUUAAACAAAAACAAAACAAUAACUAGUGUAAACUGUAUCUACUUCGAUGGAUGAAAUCAGUUUCUCAUAUAUUUGACAUUAUCAUUAUUAUUAUCAUUGUGAAAUGAACAAGAAUGCAAACGUGAUUAAAUUAUUCAUUGUGGCUUUGUUUGUUACACAUGCUUAGUAUGACUGUCAAGCUGUCAACAAAUUUUUUCAUUAAGUUUACAUCGACUGUGGAUUUGUCAUUCGAACCUCUGGGGAAAAAACCUGAUGUGAACAAACGAGUAAAACUGCAGAUUUUUUGAGGAAUCACUGAUUAAUCUUGAAUGUAAUGAUUGUCUCACAUAUGAAUAGUAUAAAAACAAUAAAUUAUGACUGUGACACCGGCAAAGAACUACACUGUGUCAUGGUCCUGGGUCAUGCGACCCAGUGUUUUGAGUUUUAGUUUAUUUGGAUGUUUAUUGUUUGUUUAG